AUGUCAUCUUUAAAUGGAUCAUCCAUGUUAAAAUCAAAUCACCAUAAUAAAGCGAAACGAAAAAUAGAAAGCGAAGACGAAGAAGAUUAUACACGACCGACGGCUCGUAUUUCAAUGAAAAGGCCUAUCGGUUGUGUAAAGGAAGAAAGUGAAAAAAAUGUGAAGAAGCAGGACGUAUCUUCUUCCCUUCAUGCACAUGAGCAACCAUCUAAAGUUCAAGAGUUACUUGAGAUGGAACAUGUUCGAUACACAAAAGUUAGAAAUAUUGAUGUGGUAGUGUUUGGAAAAUAUGAGAUCGAGACGUGGUAUUAUUCACCUUUCCCUGAUGAAUACAAAAACGUCAAAAAGAUAUACGUAUGUCAACAUUGCCUGAAAUAUAUGAAGGUUAAAGAAACAUACGGUCGACAUAUGUCUUUAUGCGAUAGAAGAUAUCCAACAGGUGUCAAAAUAUAUGAAAAAGGUCGAAACAAGAUAUAUGAAGUAGAUGGAAAAUUACAAAAGGUAUUUGUUACUAAAAUUUUUUUGGACCAUAAAACAAUUUAUUACGAUGUGGAAUCAUUUUUAUUUUAUAUAUUGGUCGAGAUCGAUGAUCGUAAUGAAGAACAUGUUGUUGGAUAUUUUUCCAAGGAAAAGAUUUCAUAUGAUAACUAUAAUUUAGCAUGUAUACUUAUCUUACCUCCAUAUCAAAGACGAGGUUAUGGUCAGAUGUUGAUAGAACUAAGUUAUGAACUCUCUAAAAAAGAACAUAAAAUUGGAACUCCAGAACGACCAAUAUCAGAUUUAGGUAUGAAAGGAUAUAAAUCGUAUUGGAAACGUACAAUUUUACGAAUUCUUCAAAAUCAUACACCACCACCUAAACCAACUAUUAACGGGUUGUCUAAUGGGCCUCAUGGAUCACAAUCACAACAACUGGAUGGUAACGAAAAAUUCAUGAUUUCCAUAACUGAAAUAUCACAAAAGACAAGUAUCCGACAGGAUGAUGUCAUAUAUGUACUGCACGAGAUGGGAUUCCUCAAAUAUCGUAACCCCAAAGUUGGUUCCGUGGAUAUAAAUAAUACAAUUGUAAUUAAUCACGAUCCAAUCAAUCCAAUAAUUAUUUUUGAUGGUGAUAGUCAAUUACAAUCACGUGAAGAUGAAUAUACCCAAAAUAUAGAAGAACGUAAUAUAGUCUGCGUCACACGUCGUAUGAUCGAUGAUUACAUAAGGAAUAACGACGUAAAACUCGAUAACAGAAUGCUUGACAUUUGUUGUCUUAAAUGGGCACCACCACCAAAUAAUAAUCAAACAAAAAUCCAUUAA